AUGGUAAAAGCUGUUGGUAUUGAUUUGGGUACAACCUACUCUUGUGUCGCUGUAUGGCAAAAUGACCGAGUUGAGAUCAUCGCCAACGACCAAGGUAACCGAACCACCCCUUCAUACGUCGCCUUCAACGACUCUGAACGAUUAAUUGGUGAUGCCGCCAAGAAUCAAGUCGCCAUGAACCCUUACAACACCGUUUUCGACGCCAAGCGAUUAAUUGGUCGAAAAUUCGCUGAUGCCGAGGUCCAAGCCGAUAUGAAACACUGGCCAUUCAAGGUCAUUGACCGAGGAGGAAAACCCAUCAUCCAAGUCGAAUACCGGGGUGAAGAGAAGACCUUCUCUCCAGAGGAAGUCUCUUCAAUGGUUCUUAUCAAGAUGAAGGAGACCGCUGAGGCCUACCUCGGUGGAACCGUUUCAAAAGCCGUUGUCACUGUCCCAGCCUACUUCAACGACUCUCAACGACAAGCUACCAAAGAUGCCGGUACCAUCGCUGGUCUUGACGUUCUCCGAAUCAUCAAUGAGCCUACCGCCGCCGCUAUCGCUUACGGUCUCGACAAGAAAUCAGAAGGUGAAAAGAACGUUCUUAUCUUCGAUCUUGGUGGUGGUACUUUCGAUGUCUCUCUUUUAACCAUUGAAGAGGGUAUCUUCGAAGUCAAAGCUACUGCCGGUGACACUCACUUGGGUGGUGAAGACUUCGACAACCGAUUGGUCAACCACUUUGUACAAGAAUUCAAGAGAAAGAACAAGAAGGAUCUCUCCUCCAACGCUCGAGCUCUUCGAAGACUCCGAACUGCUUGUGAGAGAGCUAAGAGAACCCUCUCAUCUGCUGCUCAAACCUCAAUUGAAAUCGACUCUCUCUUCGACGGUAUCGACUUCUACACUUCCAUCACCCGAGCUCGAUUUGAGGAACUGUGUCAAGAUCUUUUCCGAUCUACCAUGGACCCCGUCGAGAAGGUUCUCCGAGACUCCAAGAUCGACAAAUCAUCAGUUAACGAAAUUGUAUUGGUCGGUGGAUCCACUCGAAUUCCCAAAAUUCAAAAACUCGUCUCAGACAUGUUCUCCGGACGAGAACCCAACAGGUCUAUCAACCCCGAUGAAGCUGUUGCUUACGGUGCUGCUGUCCAAGCUGCUAUCCUUACCGGUGACACUUCCGAGGCCACUCAAGAUUUACUCUUGCUCGAUGUCGCUCCUCUUUCCAUGGGUAUCGAGACCGCUGGUGGUAUCAUGACUCCUUUGAUCAAGAGAAACACCACUGUUCCCACCAAGAAAUCAGAAGUCUUCUCAACUUACUCCGACAACCAACCCGGUGUGCUCAUCCAAGUGUACGAAGGUGAACGAGCAAAGACAAAGGACUGUAACCUCCUCGGUAAAUUCGAACUUGCCGGUAUCCCUCCCGCUCCUCGAGGUGUUCCUCAAAUCGAGGUCUCAUUCGAUGUUGACGCCAACGGAAUCUUAAAUGUCAACGCUGCCGACAAAACCACCGGUAAAUCAUCAAAGAUCACCAUCACCAACGACAAAGGUCGACUCUCCAAGGAGGAGAUUGAGCGAAUGUUGGCAGAGGCCGAGAAAUACAAGGAAGACGACGAGAAAGCAGCAGCUAUCGUUGGAGCUAAGAACGCCCUUGAAUCUUACGCCUAUUCUCUUAAACAAACUCUCAAUGAUGGCGACAACAAAGAAAAAUUCGGUGACGACUACGAGACUCUUAACGCCAAGGUCGAUGAAGUCAUUGGUCAACUCGACACCAUGCAAUCUGCUUCCAAGGAAGAAUUCGAAGCUCUCCAAAAAGAGCUCGAGUCAGUUGCUUCCCCAGCAAUGCAACGAUUCUACGGUUCUCAAGGUGGUGCUCCCGGUGGUGCACCAGGAGGUGCUCCUGGAGGAUUCCCCGGAGCCGGUGGUGCUCCCGGAGCUCACGAGGAUGGUCCUUCAGUCGAGGAAGUCGACUAA